CUAAGUCUAAGAUUUAAUCACAGGUAUUUUUAGUAAGUCAUGGACAGGUCACGGGCAAUAACCAAAAAGUCAUGGCAAGUGACCUGUCAGUAACUUUUACUAAAAAUACUGCUAACUAACUCUUACCUGCUGGAGUGGAGGGGUGGUGUUACAGCAGGCGCUGCUGCUUCUGGGGGUGGGUGGCGGCCCAGGGCCCUGCUGAUGCCACUUCUCCAGAGGAGGGCGGGUGAUAUGUGGCCCCGCUGCUACUCCCGGGGAAGUGGGGGGCCGGGCAGCCUGCUGCUGUGAGAUGGCCUGUGGCCCCGCCACUCCAGGCCACAGGAUGGCCCGUGGCUCCACCGCCACCCAUCUGGGGCAGUGCCUGGGAUCAGUUGCCUGGGGCUGCCGCAGUAGAGGCUGGUGAGGGUCAGCCACUGCAGCUGCGGAAGUCGUGGUGGUCCUGGAAAGUCACGGAAUCUGUGACCUCCAUGAAAGAUUCGCAGCAUUGUUCAUCAUGUACCGAAACAAGUGACUAAAUAAGAAGCUACAAUUCUGUUUGCUAACUGACGAUUAAUUAAAAUGUGUUGGAACACAACUGAACAUUUAAAUUUAUAAAAACUCAUAAGCAUAAGAUUCCUCUUAUGUGAAUUUGAGUGGGCUCUGGUAGUUUUUAUUUGGGUCAGAACUGUGACAAGAGACUCAGACAUUCAUAGAGAAGUGUUAAUUUGUGGUGUGACUCCAUUGACUUCUGAAGUCAGUGGAAUUACACCAGACGAAUGUGGUCCAUAGAAUUUGAGAGAGAGAGAGAAAAGAUGUAUUAGAUCAGUCAGUCUACUUCAGGGGUAGGCAACCUAUGGCACACGUGCCAAAGGCGGCACGUGAGCUGAUUUUCAGUGGCACUCACACUGCGCGGGUCUUGGCCACCAGUCCGGGGGUGGGGGUGGGGGGCGGCUCUGCAUUUUAAUUUAAUUUCAAAUGAAGCUGCUUAAACAUUUUAAAAACCUUAUUUACUUUACAUACAACAGUAGUUUAGUUAUAUAUUAUAGACUUAUAGAAAGAGACCUACAAAUGUUAAAAUGUAUUACUGGCACGUGAAACCUUAAAUUAGAGUGAAUAAAUGAAGACUUGGCACACCACUUCUGAAAGGUUGCCGGCCCCUGGUCUACUUCCUGGAAGUCGCUACAGACAAUGAUUUGCAAGGCACUAAUAGUUCUGGAUCGUUGGGUGGUCUUGAUGUUCGCAGACGAAUCCCUAUAAAGCUCAUCUCCAAACAGCCUAACAAAACCAAACCUGCACCACGCGCUCCAAGAAUUAUGAACAGGAUGCCUUCAAAGGCACAGGCUGGUGAUGAAGAAGAAUUUGAUUAUAAUGAAGAGGAGCGGUAUGAGUGCAAAGGAGCUGACAUGUUUGGGAAUCCAAGAAGAUUCCCUGGACACAUAUUUUGGGACUUUAAGAUAAACUUCCUCGGAGAAAAGGAUGAUACCCCAGUCCAUUUCUGUGACAAGUGUGGAUUGCCUAUCAAAUUGUAUGGGCGCAUGAUACCUUGCAAGCAUGUUUUCUGCUAUGACUGUGCUAUAUUACAUGAGAAGAAGGGUGACAAGAUGUGCCCAGGCUGUAAUGAUCCCGUGCAGCGAAUUGAGCAAUGUGUGCGAGGGUCUCUCUUCAUGUGUAGCAUUGUUCAAGGGUGCAAGAGAACAUAUUUGUCUCAGAGAGACUUACAGGCUCACAUCAACCAUCGUCAUAUGAGAGCUGGAAAACCUGUUACCCGUCCUCCACUUGAACCUGUUCAUCCUCCUAUUGCCCCACCUCCUGCUGAAAUUCCUGAGCGUUUCAUAAUGCCACCUGAUAAGCAUCAUAUGAGCCAUAUUCCACCAAAGCAGCACCUCAUGAUGCCACCACCUCCUUUACAGCAUGUGCAACACGAGCAUUAUAACCAACCACACGAGGACAUUCGUGCACCCCCAGCAGAGAUGUCAAUGGCUCCACCACCACCACGCUCGGUCAGUCAGGAUACGUUUCGUAUUUCCACGAGAAAGCACAGCAAUUUAAUAACUGUCCCUAUUCAGGAUGAUUCAAAUUCAGGUGCUCGAGAACCACCUCCACCAGCCCCAGCACCUGCUCAUCAUCAUCCUGAAUAUCAGGGUCAACCAGUGGUAUCCCAUCCUCAUCAUAUUAUGCCUCCACAGCAACAUUAUGCACCACCCCCGCCACCACCACCACCAAUAAGCCAUCCAAUGCAACAUCCUCCCCAGGGAGCAGGUACUCCUCAUAUGGUUUAUAGCCAAGCUCCACCACCACCGAUGACCUCUGCUCCACCACCAAUAACCCCUCCCCCUGGACACAUAAUUGCCCAAAUGCCACCAUAUAUGAAUCACCCUCCUCCAGGACCUCCCCCUCCUCAACAUGGUGGCCCACCAGUAAAUGUAAAUGCACCCCCUCCCCAUCACUAUAAUCCUAACUCUUUGCCGCAGUUCAGUGAAGAUCAAGGAACUCUCAGCCCUCCUUUUACACAGCCUGGGGGAAUGAGUCCAGGGAUGUGGCCAGCUCCAAGAGGGCCUCCUCCACCCCCAAGAAUGCAAGGCCCACCUUCUCAAGCCCCACUUCCUGGACCACAUCACCCAGAUCAAACCAGAUAUAGACCAUACUACCAAUGAUAUUAACAGUAAUUUGAACUGAGUAUGCUAUGGGAAGGAUAAACUAUAUACAGCAGCCUUUUAAUGAAUCUGUUUUUGGGGUCUCUUUUUUUUCCUUUUUUUUUCCCCUCCCCCUUUCAAAGAAAUACAAUGGUUGUGACUAACACACUCUGGGAACUUGACUCUUGAUUAAUUUUUAUACCUUGACCAUAGGACUCCACCUUCAGAUAUACUGUAGUGCUAAGAUAAGUGGCUCAGUAGAUAACAGCUACAUGUGUUUUUUUUUUUUUUUUUUUUUUUUUAACAGACUUUGUGUCCCUAGUGAGGUUAAAUCUCUGAGAGAUGGUCAUUUGUAAUAUUAUUUUCUGAAAAAUUGAACACCCGUUGUACCACUCUAUUGUUUUUGUUAAAUCCGAUGUUUAGUUUUAUUUGUGAUACUUUUUUGUUAACCUGUGUACAAUAAUUAAAUUUAAAUAUGGUUGUAAAAAUGCUGGGUUUUUAUGUGACUUUGAGUACAGACACAAUUUCUGAAAAAACAUUUCAUGUUUUGACACCAAUACUUUCCCAUCUGGCAUCAUAAUAAAAUGUUCGGUGUAAGAGACAUUCAAGUUUACCUUAGCAGUAACAAUUGUUUGUAGUAAAGUCUGAUGAUCCAAGUUUAAGGAGCUGUAAAUCUGAAGUGCAGAAUCUUGAAUUUCAUACAGAUUUUUAAAUUUUGAGGCAACUUUGGGAGCACAGAGCGAAUGGUACAUGAAAGACACAGUUUUGGUGAUGACAUGAAACCAUGUGGUCUUAACAUUUUAAAAUCUUAGCUCACUUCUUGUUUGGAAAAUUCUGGUUAACUUGAGAUCUCAUACACUCUCUACUGGUGUUGAAUUCAUGUCUUGUGCAUUUACUAUAAAUGGAUGGUUUCACAUAAAAGGUGCCAUUUACUGACUCACCACAUUCAUGCUAUAAAGGGAUAUGAUUUUUUUUGGGACUUGGUUUUUUCUUUUUCUAUAUAAAGGGUAAUGUAGAGUAGGAAAGUAUUCCACUUUGAUAACCUGGAGUUAGGGAUCUGACAUCUCUUAUGUAGAUUAAAAAUACAUAUGUAUAAAUCAUGUCAAAUUUUGUUGCCAGAUUUGAUUAAGUGGCUAAUGGUUUACAGGAUUUAAUAAUAUGUUUUUAACCAUGGUCUUAAAUAGAUUUGACACACUGUCAGGUCCCUUUAGGCCCAAAAUUUAGGUUUUGUAAAACCUUUUUUUUUUUUUUUUUAUCCAUUGAAAACAGAUGUAAGAAAUAAAUGUCCUAUUUAACACUAGUUGUGUUAGUGCAGGAGAGCCAGAGAAUGAAACUGUUUACACAGCUCUCAUUGUCCAAGCGGAGUGCCUACUUUUUACAUUGCAGUCGCAUUAGUGUUGAAAAAUAAAUGUUAAUUUUUAAAAGUUUUUUUUUUUUAAAGGGGGUUUAGAGGUAACUAAAUUUAUUUUUGACCUAGGUGUCUGGUCUCUCCUACCUCUAAAACAAUGUAGGAAACCAUCUGUUUACUGGAAUUUUCUCAAAGGCUUAAUUUACUUCCGUAAGUUUUGUUUUUGCCUUUCACCUAAUAGGAGUUGUUAGCAUUGAGCCUGUCAGAGCACCUGAUGGCAGAACAAUCCAAACUUUAUAAUUUUGCAUAUAAAAUGAGUGGCUGGCAGUUAGGGCAAGGACUCUGUUAGGCUUGUGUUCUGUUCCUGAAUCUGCCAUUGAUUUGCUGGGUGAUGUCGGGCAAAUCACUUAGGACCUGAGUUUUGAAUGUAGGUGCAUGCAAACUCCAUAAAUGGGUGUGAAAAUCAAAUACUUAUUUUGCACAAAUCGCUAUUGUGUCUAAUUGUCCAGUUGCCUAUGCAGUUGUAAUGUGACUAACUUCAAAAAAAUCAGGCUUCUUUGCCUCUAUUUCCCUAUCUGCAAAAUAGGAAUAAUACCCACCAUUGUUAAAUACUUUGACAUCCUAGGAAGAAAGAUGCAAGUUAUUAUAAUAUAGGGUUAGUUGAAACUUUACCAUUUGAGUGUGAGGGGAGGGAGGGAAGAAUGACUCAAUAAGGAGUGUUUUGUUUCGUGGUUAAUAAAUAUGUAAGGUAAUUUAAAGGUA